AUGGAGCAAGCCAUUCAGAUGCCUGCUGCUUUUAUCGCAGUGAAAAAGCGGCAAACUGCCGAACGACAAAUACCAGACUUUGAGCCGGUAGCAACAGAUGUCGCAAAGCCAGCCCCGAUAGGUUCACCUGCAAUUGAAGGGAUAGGAGCAGUUCAGGUCCAAGAAUUAGCUCAAGCUUUCCAGGAUAACGCCGUGGUCGGUAUCAAGCAGUCCAACUUUAUAUCCGCCACGGUUCCUAUUCAGAGCCCGGUAGACACUAGUAAAACUACUCGCCAAGGGUGGGAAAAUGCAAGCAUAGGCAGUACUGAGCUUUCCGAUAAGACGUUUGACUUCGAGUCGCAACCCAGCUCGGCGCCCCCUUCGGAAGCUCGUACCUCACCCCCACCCGCGAACGCAGACAGUAUUGCACGAUCCCGCGAUAAUAAAGACACGAGUGAUUAUCAAACAACCGUUGCUGUGCCCUCCCCUCAGGCUGCAAUGUCUCUUGUUGCAGCCUCAUCGAGAACAGCCUCUGUACAGUCCUCUACCUGGCAGCCUUCGUUGAAGGUGGCCUCGGUGAGCUCACUCACUCCUUCUAUGCCGCCUGUGCCCGAUGCUUACGAUCAGUACGGAUUCCGCAAACGCAGUGCGCAGGUAUCUGAGGCAGAGUAUAAUAAGUGGUACCCCGAGUACAGUCGGUACCAGAAACAACGGGAAGCUAAAUGGCUGGAACUCAUCAAGGACUAUGGCUUAUCACUCGGUCCAGAUGGUGUACCCCUGAGAUUCCCACCCCGUAGCGAGAAAUUGCGCCGGUAUAUCCGCAAGGGCAUACCACCUUCCUGGCGAGGUGCGGCGUGGUUUUGGUAUGCCAAAGGACCCGAGAAACUGAACGCCCACCCCGGAUUAUAUGCACGAUUGUGCGAGGAAACGAAGGAUCUCAAAAAUAAUGACACUGAACAUAUCGAGCGGGACUUGCAUCGCACGUUCCCCGACAACAGGUUUUUCCGGAGCGCCAUUCCGGGCAUUGAUUCAGAGAAGAUCAUGGCACUCCGUCGAGUUCUUACAUGUUUCGCUAUCUAUCAACCAAAAAUCGGCUACUGCCAGAGUCUGAAUUUUAUAGGGGCCAACCUACUGCUCUUUAUGGAUGAAGAACGGGCCUUUUGGAUGAUGGUGCUCAUCACCAGCAACUACUUGCAAGGUCUCCAUGAAGUCGACCUGGAGCAGGUCAACAUCACCCAGGGUAUCCUCAUGGUUGCGGUAAGAGAUCGGCUUCCUAAAGUUUGGAACGCUUUGAGCGGCGAUCAGCAGGUUCAGGAUAACUUUAUUUCCCAGCUACCCCCCAUCAGUUUGUGUACAGCAAGCUGGUUCAUGAGCAUGUUUGUAUGCGUACUCCCUAUUGAAACGACACUUAGAGUAUGGGACGUUUUCUUCUUUGAAGGCCCCAAGAUUCUUUAUCGUAUUUCCCUGGCCAUCAUGAAGCUGGCCGAGCCGCAGAUUCUGCGCCUCAGCGACGACAUGGAGGCCUUCCAAGCGGUCCAAACGUUUCCCAGGAAGCUUUUGGAUCCCACAUCUUUAUUUUAUCUGUGCUUCAAGCGUUCUAAUGGGGUUGGCCAUCUGUCGGAUAGCGAAAUCGCCGUCCUACAUCAGUUUGUCGCCAACCGCCGCCGUGAAGCAAAAACGGGCACUCCGAAAUCCUCCGACCGCGACGAAUACGCACGGUUUAGGCCGCGACAGCGCCUGCGGUCUCAUUUACGGCUCUACUGA